UACCGAGAGUAACGGUUGGACGAAGGAGUGAGGGAGCCGCUUUGUGCGAUUGGCUGCGCCGCUGUCACUCCUCCACCCUCCCCCCCGUCAGUGUGCUGGUGGUGCGCGCUCGGUUUUUGGGCCUGAGGCGGGACUGCUGGUCAGGCCGCGCGAGGAAGGGGUCCGCAUUAUCUUCGCGGCAAGGGGCGGAGGAGGGAACUUGAGCGGAGACGCCGCGAGGUAAUGCCGGGACCCAGGAGGGAGCUGGUGCAGCGCUGAGAGAACGAGGAGCGGAGAGAGAUGCGCUGGCCUUGCAGGUCCGCGCCUCCAGCUGCUACCUCCGACACUGUGUGCAGCCGCAGCUUAGGUAACAUAAUCCAUGGGUAAAGUUGGGAAAAUGUGGAACAGCUUUAAGUACAGAUGCCAAAGUCUCUUUAAUCCUGAAGGUGGAAAUAGAAAUGAAAAUGUGGACAUAAAUUCCAAUAGUGCAUCUGUUAGAGAUAAAAGUGUUUGUAUGCCUGGUCCAACUCAGCAGCAACCAAGCAGUCCUUUGCAACUGAAUCUAAAUACUUCAAAAGGCUUUUCAAGAAAGAAUCAAAACUGUGCCACAGAAAUCCCUCAGAUUGUUGAAAUAAGCAUUGAGAAAGAGAUUGACUUGAAUGUUGCCUCAGGAGCUAAAUUUGCACGAAGGGAUUCCUACUCAAGACAUGCUCCAUGGGGUGGGAAAAAGAAACAUUCCUGCUCUACAAAAACCCAGAGCUCAUUGGAAAGUGAUAUAAGAUUUGGCUGUUCUCACUUGCAAAGGAGGGAAAGAAGAUACGGUGUGAGCUCAGUUAACGAUACAGAUAGCAUCUCGAGCAGAACCAUAGGAAAUCGUUCUCUGAGGCAAAGAUUGCAGGAAACUGUAGGCUUAUGUUUCCCUAUGAGAACAUACUGCAAACAAUCUAAGCCUCUUUUUUCCAACAAAAGGAAGAUCCAUCUUUCUGAACUAAUGUUAGAAAAAUGUCCUUUUCCUGCUGGAUCAGAUCUGGCCCAAAAGUGGCAUUUAAUUAAGCAGCACACAGCACCAGUGAGCCCACAUUCUGCUAUUUUUGAUGCAUUUGACUCCUCCUUGGCUUCUACAGAAGAUGAGGAAGAUAGGCUGAGAGAGAGACGAAGGCUCAGUAUAGAAGAAGGUGUGGAUCCUCCUCCCAAUGCUCAGAUACAUACUUUUGAAGCUACUGCACAGGUUAACCCAUUGUAUAAAUUAGGGCCAAAGCUGCCCCCUGGCAUGUCUGAACUGAUGGGAGACUGCAAUUCAACAACACAAGGAAGUUGUGAUUUAGAGGAAGACACAACUACUCUCUGCUUGCAGUCACGUAGACAAAAGCAGCGCCAAAUAUCUGGUGAGAGCCAUAGCCACAUCAGCAGACAAGGAGCUUGGAAAGUACAUACUCAGAUUGAUUAUAUUCACUGCCUAGUGCCAGAUUUACUUCAGAUUACUAGUAAUCCCUGUUACUGGGGUGUGAUGGACCGUUAUGAAGCAGAAGCACUUCUAGAAGGAAAACCUGAAGGCACUUUUUUGCUCAGGGACUCUGCUCAAGAAGACUACCUCUUCUCCGUGAGCUUCCGCCGUUACAACCGGUCUUUACAUGCACGCAUCGAGCAGUGGAAUCACAACUUCAGUUUUGAUGCUCAUGAUCCCUGUGUGUUUCACUCCUCUACUGUAACAGGGCUUCUGGAACACUACAAAGAUCCAAUUUCUUGCAUGUUUUUUGAACCGCUACUUACAGUUUCUCUAAAUAGGACUUUUCCUUUCAGCUUGCAAUAUAUCUGCCGGGCAGUCAUUUGCAGGUAUACUUCAUAUGAUGGGAUUGAUUGUCUUCCUUUGCCAACAAUGUUGCAAGACUUUCUGAAGGAAUAUCAUUAUAAGCAAAAGGUUAGAGUACGAUGGUUGGAGCGGGAACCAAUUAAGGCAAAGUGAACAGAGUUCAGAAUCCCUAGUAAACUCACAUUGUGAUUUUUUGUGUAUGUGUUACAGUAUACCACGUUAAGCACAUCAGUGUUCAGCUUUUAAUGUACUUUGAGCUUAUUGUGUUUAUGAUGCUGCCUCCAGUUAAUUGUGAAUACCUCUUGAAACAUGAACAGAACACAAAAUCACAUUUUUCAUCCAUUUUGAUUUGCCGGUUACAAAAUAUGUCUACUUUCUAUUACAAUAUUAAUAUAACACAACUAUUGGGCAUUAACUUUUAAAUUCUAUUCAGUUUCAUAAUUCACAAAAUAGCUUGCUAGCUUUUUUCUUCUUGAUUAAUAUGAGCACUUUGAUACCAAAAAUUGACUCCAUAUAACUGCAUUCUCAAUUAAAAAAAUACUACUUUUCAUAGUUCACUAUCUCCUAUGCCACUUUUUAUAUCAAAACUAUUUUAAGAGGAAAAAUCAUAGGUAACAGGGGAAAUCACUAUUACAUCUCAUUUCGAUAUUUUUAAAUCACAUGCAUCACUGUACCAAUAUUUGGUUCCAGGAUUGUCCCCAAAAUAAAAUAUUUUAAUAGAUUAAUCAUGGAAAUAAUUAGAUAAUUAAAUUUGCCAAAAAUGAAUAUAAAUAAAAAGUUCUAAAACAGAGGAAAAAAAUACCUUCAGAUAUAUUGGCGGUAGAUGAAAUUUAUAAUCUAGUAAAGAGGUCCCCAAUCCAAGACCACAGACCGGCACUGUGUCAUGCAAGCAAGUGAAACUCCAUCCGCACACAAGCAGGAUCCAGGCAGUGCGCAAAACCACGUCCUGCCAGUCCAUGGAAAAACCGCCCUCCACCAGUCCCUGACGCCCAAAAGCUUUGGGGGCGGGGGGGGGGGGGCCCAGGGGUUUCAUGAAUGCAAGGGAAGUUUACCUAUCAGUACAGAAAAGGAGCAAUGCUUGUUCAGAUAAAGUCCAUAUGCCAUAACUUGUUUCAUUAAUCAGGAUCAUCUUCACUCUGCUUCUUCUAAAUUAACACUUAGGUAUUUUUUAAAAACCCAGUAGCUUCUAAUUAAUCAAUCACUGCAAUAAAUAUAGUGGUUAAGAUGAACUUUCUUGAAUUAACAGUUGGAAUUUGUAUUAACUCUGAAGGUCUUUGAUCUGCAAGUUCUGCUUAAGAAGCUUGUGGAAACUUAGUGUAACACUGAAAAAUAUCUGUAUUAGAUCUUGCUUUUUAUUUAUAUUUUCUGAUCAUGGUGAUCAAGGCCAUUUUAAUCUGGGUUGGAUUAUAAAGCAGGCUAACACAACCUUGGUCCAGGUUUCUGUUUUUCAAAAUAGAAUACUGCUACAGAUUACUGCAUUUAGUAAUUAAAGGGACUCUUAACAGCCUAACCUUAUGCCCAUUAUUUGUAAAAGCAUUGUUUCUGAAGAUGCUAGUACUAAAGAAAAAGGUUUAUUCAAAUGUGGGUUAUGCACUUCAAUUGGUAGAAAAUUAAUUGGGAUCUUAUGAACCAUUUAAUUUAUUUCAAUUUGUAUGGGUUGUCAGAUAUAAACAAAAAGCUUACCACUCUGAUUUUUUACUUCUUCAGAAAGUAUUUUUACAUAUCUGCUACAAACUGCAAUAUCAUCUAGCUUAGUUAUAGCUUUAGACUGAUCCAGAACAAUUAAUAUUCUAUCCCACUUCUGUUUUCCUCUGAUGCCUAUUUGAUGCAUCAGAACAAUUGUAUUUGUAAAUUGUAUAGCAGCUUUUUUAUAAUUUGCAUAUUGUGUUCUUCCUUAAGUGAAAUACUUUGGAAAACUUGCUCUUUUGCUUUUUUUUUCUUUGGGAAUAGAACAUAUCUUGUUUUGUUCUAGCUGUGUUUGCACUAAAAUUUGUAUUGGAAUACAGAGUCUCUUAGUUUUGCUUAUGUGUCUUGUAUCAGUGGGUAGUUUUCUUAGUUUCUUAACCAGUUGGGACAGUAUAUUCUUUUCAAUGGCAGCAAAUGUGAGGCAACAAACUUCAAAGCUGCAUAUACAAGAAA